AUGCUCUCAUAUCUCAAGGGAGAGAUCGAAGGUGAGGCUGCGGUCAAGAACCUCCCAGCUGCCAUUCUCCUCAUCGUUUGGUUCUUCCUGAUGAACUUGUCGCAUGAGCAGCCCGAUUCCAUCCAUAGUGUCGAGAAAUCGAUCGACUAUGACAUCUAUGAGAAUGCGAAUUUUGCCUUCUCCAGCCCUCUCUACAUGGGACACAAGAACUUCCAGGAUGUCAACACCUUUGCAGAUUGGUAUUCCUGGAUGAACCUUGGAUUUUCGGCGAUCUAUUUCCCGACAUCUCCAGCGGUGUCUGAGGGAUCCAGCUCUGUUUUGCCAGACAUGACCUUCAAUGAAGCGAGCAUGUAUUUGCAGCACAAUCGAAAGAUUGGUGGCGUGAAACUUGUUCAGCAAAGGUUGGUGGAUGCAGAGUGCAAGAAUCCCACAGUGGCCCAUGCAAUGGAACUAGAUCCCUGCUUCCAGUUCGAAGGACUGGACUUGCGGCUGAAGCCCACGGAGCUCGACGUCUCCCAGGAGGACUUGGUCGAAAGCAGAGCGAGCACGACCGUAGAAUGGAUGGACUACCUCAUGGAGUUUCCCAAUGUCACCGUGGGAAGUCAACUGCGAGAUCUAGAGUUGAGUCGAUGGCUGAACAAUCGCACUUAUCGUGUGAAGGUCAGCUUCAUGACGUAUAAUGCAUACUACGAUAUGCUGACCACCACCAGCAUCCAUUUCAUGUUCGCCAUUUCAGGCCGCAUCUUCAAGCAGAUUACGCACAGGUCGGUUAUCCUGGAAGCGCAUUCAACCUUCGAGAGCUGGCUCUACGAGGUGCUUUUCUUUGGUCACAUCCUCGUGCUGUUCCUGAACGAAGGUUUCGAAGCGAUUUGCUGUAUUCGGGAGCACAAGUGCCGGGUGGUGGAAGCAUGGAAGUCGUAUUGGAACUUCUGGAAUGUGGUGGACUGGGUGUCUAUCCUUCUUGCUUUUGCCAUCUUGAUUACCUGGAUCUCUCAGAACAUCGGACAGGCGGAGAUAUCUGCAGACCUGCAGACCUACAUACCUGUACAUUCUGCCUGCCGGCUGUCUGCGAGUACGGCGAGCGCGGCCUGUGCUACCGCGAGAGCGUAUGACGAGAAGCUCUUUGAAGACAUGGAGCAGUUGGGAUAUGUGAUCAGGACGAACCGGUGGAUUUCCGGGUUCUAUCCAGUCUGCAUCAUGAUGCGGCUGUUCAAGGCCUUUGCGGCCCAGCCUCGCUUGGCAAUUGUGACCAAAACGCUGGCGCUGGCCGCAAACGACCUCACACAUUUUGGCAUUGUGUUCCUGUCCAUCUUCUUCGCCUACGUUGCGAUGGGCAUGGCAUUCUUUGGAAGGGAGGUGGAGUCCUUUGCUUCGUUUGAUCGGGCAUCGCUUGCCCUGCUGCGUGCCCUGAUGGGCGACUUCAGUGUCGAAGACAUGGAGUUGCGCGGACGGCCAGUUGCUUUCUUCUUUUUUGGCACCUACAUGAUGGCUGCCGUUUUGUUGCUGCUGAACAUGCUCAUUGCCAUCCUCAUGGACGUCUAUGGGCAGGUGGCUGCUGGAUCACGGACGAGUGAAUCGCUUUGGCACGAAUGCUAUGAUAUUGUGCGGCGUGGCAUUAAGAAGUGGACAGGGGGACACACUCCUCUGGACCAGGUCGUGAAGUCCUACGUCGCGACUCGUGGAGAGGACGCCUGGGAAAGCGAACAGGUGAUCAGUGUCAAAGACGUCAUGGAUGCGGUGCCAGGACUGGACAGGGCCCAGGCCGAAGCAGAAAUGACGUCGGCCUUAGAGGAGUACGCCCAGGAGAAUGCUCCGCACAUCGAGCUUUCCGAGGUGAUCUCCACCAUGGGGAAGUAUCUGGCUCCCAAGCUAGAGGUGCCGGAGUCGCCCCUCAGAAGCGUCCUGGACGUCACCAGGUGUGCAGAAGCCGUCGCUCCGAACGAGAACGUGUCCGAAGCUGCACAAGAGCUGGUGAAAGCAGGACUGUCUGUCGAAGUCCUCCUUCGCGCUGCGGGUAUCAUCCUCGACAACGGUGCGCAGCGGUCAGACAAUGGCAAAGCACAAGUCUCUGCAUUGCGCCACGUCGUUUCCUCCGCGGAGAUCCUUUGCAGCGAAGACAAGACCAUUAUGAUGUGCCAACUUUGA